CUCACUGACAAUUUCACUAAGGUAUGACCGGCUGACUGACUGAUUGACUGAAUGACUGAUUGAGUGAGUGAUUUGUGGCUAUUGUAGUGAUGAAGACUGCAUGAUCGAGUGACUGGCUGGCUGAAUGAAUGAUGAAUGAAGUGAGUGGAAGAUUGUCGUAGUGGUGAAAGAAGAAUGAAGAAUGAAAGAAAGAUUGUUGUGGUGAAAGAAUGAAUUAAUGAAUGUUGUAGUGGUGAAAGAAUGAAUGAAAGAAAGAUUGUCGUAGUGGUGAAGGAAAUGAAAGUGCCGUAGUGGUGAAAGAAUGAAUGAAGAUGCCGUAAUGGUGAAAUAAUGAACGAAAGAUUGUCAUAGUGGUGAAAGAAUGGCGUUGAAAUGAAUGAAUGACUAUCGUAGUGAUGAAUGAAUUAAUGAAAAAUGCCGUAGUGGUGAAAGAAUGAAUGAAAAAUUGUCGUAGUGGUGAAAGAAUGGCGUUGAGAUGAAUGACUUGUAGUGAUGAAUGAAUGAAAGAUUGUCGUAGUGGUGAAUGAAGAAUGAAUGAAUGAAAGUGUUGUAGUGGUGAAAAAAAAAUGAGUGGAAAAUUGUCUUAGUGGUGAAGCCUAGCGUAGUGAUGAAUGAAAGAUACAGUGAUAAAUUAAUGAAGGAAUAUAAUAGUUCUUGUAGUGAUGAAUUAAUGAAAGAAAAACGUAGUGAUGACUGAAAAAAUUGAGUAAAUGAGUUAUAUAGUAGUGAUGAAAGACUAAAUGAAUACCAAUAAUUAAUAUACUCAUAGUGAUGAAUGAGUGAAUAAAAAGAUACUUGUAGUGAAGAAUAAAUGAAAAAUAACAGCUCUAGCAAAGAAAACAGAUAAAAAAAAUGACUGACUGACAAUCCAGCUUAACCCAGCCUAUCCUAACCCAACCCAGCUUAACCCAGCCUAUCCUAACCCAGCCCAACCUUACAGAAAUUGAAAUGAGAGUGGAAACUGGCCAAAAAUGCAGAAAAAGUGGAAUAUUAUGCCUUUUUUUCCUCUACUGUCAGCUCUUCUUAUGCCCAUCACCUUCUUCAUCUCGUAUGCUUGGGCCGUGGCGCUGGGACAUGUGGAGCCAGUGUUCCCCUACAUUAGUUCCACUGGUGCCUACCCCCCCGAGAGCAGCUUUUUCUCCUUCAUGCUAGAUAUUGUGGCUUUGCUAAUUGCAGUGACAGUGUGGGGACGACAUAAGCAGAUCGAGAGUUACUCCAGCCAGGCACUCAUAAACAAGGACCUUAAGACCACCAGCAGGGUUGCCACAUUCUUCGGUCUUCUCUCUGCCUUUGGUCUGUUUCUUGUUGGGAAUUUUCAGAGUGUGAUGUCACUGAACCUGUCGCCGCGAGUGAAUGGGCGGGCAGUGAUGGUGGUGCGGUUUGUGUGUUCGGUGAUGGCAACACUGUUUCUCCUCAUCACCAUUGUGUUCUCCGUUCUGCACGACAUGGCCAACGAGGGAAAGGAUAACUCUUACUUGCCGGAGAGCAGCGACUGGUGGAGGAGAGAGGGGAGGGAGAAAUGGAGCUAUCACAUCUUGGCCACCUCCAAUGAAUGGCUGCUGUCCUUCACCUACGUCAUAAUGCUGCUCACCCUUGUUCCUGAGUUCAAGAGGCUGUCCUUCCAUGGGGUCAAGAUAGAGUAUGACAGGGAUCGGCGGCAGGUCAGAGAAACGGAUUUGCCAAGGUCAACUGACGCUAUUGUCUCCACAAGGGCUCAAGACACUGCUCUGUAACACCGCUCCACCACCACCACCACCACCCACAGCACCACAAAGGAGGCACCAGCACCAUCACAACAAGUCUAUAAUUAUUUUUCUAACUUAUGUACCAGUUAACCAGUUACUCGUGUGUGUAUGUGUGUGUGUAUGUGUGUAUGUAUGUGUUCUAUUGCUAUUAUUGCUUUUAUUAUUUCUAUUUUCUUUCUUUGCUAAUGUUUUUGAAAUAGUGAAGACUGUGGCCAUUAAUCU